AUGUCGAAUAUAGCAACAUUAACAUCGACUGCACGCACAAAGACGGAGUCUAUGAAGCCUCCUCUUCCAAAGACAAAGAUGCCUCCCCUCUUUGAUCAACCUGUUACAAGCAAGAAUUGGACCAAGUUUGUCAAUUGGCCUCAAGCCAUCUUGCUUUGCGCUACUCCUCUCAUCGCAUUGUACGGUCUCCUCACCACUGAAUUGACUAAAAAGACAUUGAUCUGGUCCAUUGUCUACUACUUUAUUACUGGUCUCGGUAUCACUGCUGGUUACCAUCGUAUGUGGUCUCAUCGUGCUUAUCGUGGUACUGAUGUCUUGCGUUGGUUUAUGAGUUUUGCUGGUGCUGGUGCUGUCGAAGGUUCCAUCUACUGGUGGUCUAGAGGCCAUCGUGCUCAUCACAGAUGGACCGACACUGAUAAGGACCCUUAUAGUGCCCAUCGUGGUUUCUUCUUUUCUCACUUCGGCUGGAUGUUGGUUCAACGUCCCAAGAACAGAAUUGGUUAUGCUGAUGUCGCUGAUCUCAAGGCUGAUCAUGUCGUUGCCUUCCAACACAAGUACUACCCUUAUUUCGCGCUUGGUAUGGGGUUCAUCUUCCCCACUUUAGUUGCUGGUCUUGGAUGGGGAGAUUUCAGAGGCGGUUACUUCUACGCUGGUGUCCUUCGCUUGUGCUUUGUUCAUCAUGCUACCUUCUGUGUCAACAGUUUAGCUCAUUACUUGGGUGAAUCCACAUUUGACGAUCACAACACUCCCCGUGAUAGUUGGGUCACUGCCUUGGUUACCAUGGGUGAAGGUUAUCACAACUUCCAUCAUCAGUUCCCUCAAGAUUACCGUAAUGCUAUCAGAUUUGGUCAAUAUGAUCCCACCAAGUGGUUGAUUGUUGUCUUGUCCUGGUUCGGUCUUGCCUAUGAUUUGAAGCAAUUCCCCACCAACGAAGUGACCAAGGGCCGUCUCUUUAUGGAAGAAAAGCGCAUUCAAGCACAAAAGGAUAAAUUGUCAUACGGUACUCCUCUCAAGGAUUUGCCCAUCUACACCUGGGAAGAAUAUCAAUCUCUUGUAUUGAACGACAACAAAAAGUGGGUGCUCAUUGAAGGUGUCUUGUACGAUGUUGAAGAAUUCAUGAAGGAACACCCCGGUGGCAUGAAGUAUCUCUCUACUGCUGUCGGUAAGGACAUGACCACUGCUUUCAACGGUGGUAUCUACAACCAUUCCAACGGUGCUCGUAACUUGUUGACAUCGCUCCGUGUUGGUGUGCUUCGUAACGGUAUGCAAGUCAUGACUGAAGCUGAUGCCACUGCCUCCACCUACGAUGAUUCACUUGAAUUCGAUUCCAAAGCUGCUCUCUUCAACAAGAGCAAGUAA